AUGCACCAGUAGUUUACAUUAAAAGAAAACGGUCGUCGUCAGGAGUUUAUUGUAUUGCCCCAGGCUGCACAAAUGGAUUUUAUACGAAGAAGGAAGAAGUACAUUUCCAUAGGCUGCCACUAACGGAUGAGAAGCUGCUCAAAGCAUGGGUUAUUUCCAUGAAACGGUCCGAUCCGCCGCUGAAUCAGUACGCACGUGUGUGCAGCGAACACUUUACAAAUGACGAUUAUGUCCACAAAAUGAGGUUUGAUGAGUCUGGAUGCUUGGUUCAAUACAAAACAUCGGAUUUGAAGCCAGGAUCUGUUCCCACAAUAUUCGAUUUCUCAACGUAUGCAGUCGGGAACACCGACCGUCCCAGCACGUCGGCCGCGCAAGACAAUGACAGUGUCAACAAACGUGAAGUUCGAGCCACCAAACGAGUUGCUUCAGCUGCCGAGAGAGAGUGCUCCCCCAGACCUUCAUGGCCUCCACAAGCGCCUCCAGAGUUCCCACCCUCCACCAGCCGUGACGUCACAUGUCCGGCUCCGAGACCAGUCGGCAUUUGCCCAUCGCCAGGGUCAUGAGAGUAGGGAGGAUCGAGAGAGGAGGACCAGGGACCUUCUGUACCACGGAACCCAGCCCACCUGCACGGUCCAUGUCACGCCUCCCAUGGAAGUUAUGAAGGUGCAGUCCCACUUGGAUAAUCCCACCAAGUACCACAUCCAGCAGGCCCAGAGGCAGCAGGUGAGGCAGUACCUCUCCACCUCACUGGGUGGUAAGGCGGGGGGUCAGUGCCCCGGCCAGCCCCCCGAGCACGGCAUGCCUCCCGGGCUCGGCAGCAGCGCCCCCAACAGCCCCAUGGCCCUGCUUACCCUCAGCUCCAACUGUGAGAAAGAGAUGGAUGAUGUCAUUGAUGAUAUUAUUAGCUUGGAGACAAGCUACAAUGAAGAGGUUCUUGGACUUAUGGAUCCAGGAAUGCAAAUGAACAAUCAGCUCCCUGUGUCUGGGAACCUUCUCGAUGUGUACGGCAAUCAAGGACUUCCACUCCCCGGCCUCGACAUCAGCAACUCCUGUCAAUCCAACAUCAAGAGGGAAUACUCAACUCCUGGCAUGAAGCAAGUUCUGGACAAGUCUGACACCUGUGGCAUGUAUGAAAACUACCAAAGGCAAGAAGGCUUCCCAGUAGAGGCUGAAGUCCGUGCUCUAGCCAAAGAGAGACAGAAGAAAGACAACCACAACUUGAUUGAGCGAAGACGGAGGUUCAACAUCAACGAUCGCAUCAAAGAACUGGGAACCUUGAUACCCAAGUCAAAUGAUCCAGACAUGAGAUGGAAUAAGGGCACUAUUCUCAAAGCAUCAGUGGACUAUAUCAGGAGGCUACAGCGGGAGCAGCAGAGAGCCAAAGAGCUCGAGUGCAGACAGAGGAAGCUGGAGCAUGCGAACCGCCAUCUUUUGCUUCGUAUACAGGAGUUGGAGAUCCAGGCCCGAGCUCAUGGUCUCACGGUGGUUCCAUCCCCAUCCGUCUGCACAUCAGAUUUGAUGGGCCGAUCCAUUAAACAGGAACCUGCCCUCGGCGAGUGUCCCGCAGAUCUCUAUUUGCACAGCUCGGGUCCUGACAUGUCCCCUCCCACCACACUGGACCUCAACAACGGCACCAUUACAUUCGACCAUAUUCCCUCAGACUCCGGGGACUCUGGGCCCUAUGGAACCUCCAGGGCCUGUAAAAUAAAGGACUUGGUAAGGGACACCCUGUCGCCAAUGUCCCCGAGUGAUCCCCUGCUGUCCUCCAUGUCCCCAGACGGCUCCAACAACGGCAGCAGCAUCCACAGUUGCUCUAGUAUGGAGGAGAAGGACAUUGGUUGUUAGCAUACCAAGACUUUCAAUCCAUAGCAUCCCAUCAAUGAGGCACAGCUAAAGUGACCCAUGACUAAGUGGAUCAAUUCUAUUAUAAACUCUAUUUUUGUCUUGUUUCCAUAUUGUUCUUACUUUUAAUAAUAAUAAUAAUAUACUUUAUUUGUAUAGCACCUUUCAUUCACAAAGCUGCCCAAAGUGCUUUACAGAAAAUACAACAACAAUAUUACAAUAAUAUUAAAAUGAAUACAGAACAAGAUAAACCAUCUACAGUGAUAAUAAAAAAAAGAGAAUUCAAAAUGUAAAAUAAAAGCAAAACAGAAAAAAUACCGUAAAACAUGGACAAUGAUAGUAAGAAAUUAAAAGCCAUAUUAAAAAGGUUUUUAAUUUUCUUUUAAACAUUUCGAGGGAGUUUGCAGUUCUAAGAUCCAUAGUUUUGACCCACUUUUAGCUGAACUCCAUUGCUCUGUUUGUUAAUGUGACUGAGGUUUUUCUCUUCAGUGAUUGUACUGUAUUACAUGUCACUUGUUAGACGCUUUUAUCCAAAGCGACUUACAUACUCAAUACUGUGGGCAAUCCCCACAGGAGCAAUUUAGGGUGAAGUGUCUCAGGGACACAACGACACGCUGACUGCAGUGGGGUUUGAACCUGUGCUCCCCCUGAUCCGAACACCAAUACACUAGGCCACUGCGCCCCCACCCCUUGUAUUUUGACAUUGUUCUGAUCUUUAUGCUGUAUAGAUGGAUAGUUGGCAAAUAUACAAGGUGACAAAUGUGAAGACAAUCAGUGACUUUCAUACUGGGGUUUUCAUAUUUGUCAUGAAUCUGUAUUGAACUAUCCAUCACAAAAGAGAUAACAUACAUAUGUAAAAAUGUCUGAAGUUAAGUUUAAUGCAAAACAGGAUAUGAUAUUACUUUAAACUUCUGAUGACGUAAGAAAAAUGCACAUAACAUUACAAGGUAGUUAAGUUUUAAAGAAUCAAGUAUUACCUUUUACUGCAUAUUACUAUUUUUGAUAUAUUGUUUUAGCCAUGUGUUCUAAAGAAAAGUUGACCACAUGAAAAGGAUUGAUUUUAUUAGAUAUUUUAUUAUUAUCACAAGGUAUUUAUUUAAUUGUUUUCUUUUAUUCAGUGAGAACAAUUUCGUUUUUUGACAUACACAUAUUUUGGGGGAUUUCUCUGAGAAACGUAUCGAAAAAUGUUAAUGAUAAAUAUAAGACAAUAACCCAUUAGUCUGACAAUAGUGGGUACACUUUGGCUCAGGCUACAAAUAUGAAUAAAGAAAUUAAUGGGAAAAAAGUUUACAAAUGACCACAGCACAGACUACAUCGUAACCUUAAGAAGUUGUGACAAGAUACAUCAUAAUACUUUAUUUUUUAUGAAUGCUGCAGAGUGAUAGUAAUUUAGAAUGGGGCAGUUUGGAAAAAAAUGUUUUGUUAAUGUUUGUCAUCUCUUUCUAAUGAUGUAAAUAAAUAAAACAUUUACAAAGCUGA